UGCGGGAGCCGACAAAGCCUACCACCCUCGCGUUUCCUCACCCUUUUAUUCUCCCCCGCGAGCAGGCACCGGCACCACCCCGGCGCCGGCGGCGCUGCGUUGCCGCCGCCCGGCCACCCCCGCAUUGCGAGGGGUGCCGUCGUCCACGCCUGCUGCUGCCACCUCUUUUAUCCCGGAGCGGCGGAGGAGAUCGAUCGAGGAGACAUAUAUAAUGGCCGGUGCGGCGGUGGUGCCGGGCCACUACUCCGGCAGCAGCAGCGGCGACGUCGUCGACGUCGCGGCGCUGUGGCAGCAGGUCAAGUCCCCGGUAGUGGUGCCGCUGCUGCGGCUGUCGGUGUCGCUGUGCCUGGCCAUGUCCGUGAUGCUGUUCGCGGAGAAGGUGUACAUGGCCGUGGUGCUCCUGGUGUCGCGCCUGCCGCUGCUCGGGCGGCGGUACCGGUGGGAGCCCAUCGUCCGCGACGGCGACGGCGACCUCGAGGCCGGCGGCGGCGGCGCGGCCGCCUGCUACCCCAUGGUGCUCGUCCAGAUCCCCAUGUACAACGAGCGCGAGGUGUACCAUGUGUCGAUCGGGGCGGCGUGCGGGCUGUCGUGGCCGUCGGACCGGAUCAUCGUGCAGGUGCUGGACGACUCCACCGACCCCGUCAUCAAGGAGCUGGUUCGUGCGGAGUGUUGGCGGUGGGCGAGCAAGGGCGUGAACGUCAAGUACGAGGUCCGGGACAGCCGGCGAGGGUACAAGGCCGGCGCGCUCCGUGACGGCAUGAAGCGCGCCUACGUCCGCGGCUGCGACGUGGUGGCCAUCUUCGACGCCGACUUCCAGCCGGACCCGGACUUCCUGCGCCGCACCGUGCCCUUCCUCCUCCACAACCCCGACCUCGCGCUCGUCCAGGCGCGCUGGAACUUCGUGAACGCAGAUGAAUGCCUGAUGACAAGGAUGCAGGAGAUCUCCCUGGAUUACCACUUUACAGUGGAGCAGGAGGUCGGCUCCUCCACCUACGCCUUCUUCGGCUUCAAUGGAACUGCUGGUGUAUGGCGCAUAUCCGCUUUGAACGAGGCAGGAGGAUGGAAGGACAGGACCACGGUUGAGGACAUGGAUCUGGCAGUCCGAGCAAGCCUCAAAGGAUGGAAGUUUGUAUUCCUUGGUGAUCUCAUGGUGAAAAAUGAGCUCCCAAGUACACUCAAAGCGUACAGAUAUCAGCAACACAGAUGGUCAUGUGGACCGGCGAACUUGUUUAGGAAAAUGUUGAUGGAGAUCGUCAGAAACAAGAAAGUGACACUUUGGAAGAAGAUCCAUGUCAUCUACAACUUCUUCCUUGUGCGCAAGAUCAUAGCACACAUUGUGACGUUUGUGUUCUACUGCAUCGUUAUCCCUGCGACGGUCUUAGUUCCUGAGGUUGAAAUACCAAAGUGGGGCUCUGUCUAUAUCCCAACCAUAAUAAGCCUUCUCAAUGCUGUUGGCACUCCAAGGUCGGUCCACUUGAUUGUCUUCUGGAUCCUCUUUGAGAAUGUGAUGUCAUUGCAUAGAACAAAGGCCACUUUCAUUGGCCUAUUGGAGGCAGGCAGGGUGAACGAAUGGGUGGUGACAGAAAAACUUGGUGAUGCCCUGAGGAUGAAAAUGCCAGCCAAGGCAUGCAAGAAGCCCCGCAUAAAGAUAGGAGAUAGGUUGCAUAUUCUGGAGCUUGGUGUUGCAGCUUACCUCUUCUUCUGUGGAUGCUAUGACAUUGCAUUUGGGAACAACCACUACUACAUAUUCCUAUUCCUUCAAUCCAUCGCUUUCUUCAUUGUUGGCAUAGGCUAUGUUGGAACAUUCGUCCCCCACUCAUAGCAGAAUCAUUCUGAGACUACCCAUCCUGAUUCAUGGAAAGCAGUUGAUAGAUAAGAUCAAGCAAACCUCUUCUUGUAUGUAAUGUUGUCAGGAAAAAAAAUACAGUGUAAAGACAGACAAGUCAUAGAUACAAAUAGGUAUAUGUUUGUUGAAGGAAUGUGCUGUGAUGCGCAUGAGAUUGUUGAUGAUAAGCAGGCCUUUUUGAGUCUCUGUGUCACCGAUGCAGAAUCAGCAGUACAAAAGGUAGCAAAGUGUGGAAGUUCGACUAUUUGUUUUGCAAACAGAAAAAAGAGGAACUGUUUGUCGUUGUCGUUGUUGGCAAGUUUGUUGCGAGAACAUGAUAAAGUUGUACAUGUUCUGUCGUCUCCUUUUACCCUUCUUUUUUCCCAUGUUUAGAUCACCUGUAAUCAA